AUGGCGUGGUUAAGGUUGCAGCCUGUCACCUCAGCCUUCCUCCGGUUUGGGCUUGUCACUUUUGUGCUGUUUUUACACGGUCUACAGGUGGAUGCUGGCACAGGGGCAGAUCCACCCAGUGUAGGACAUAACGCCACAUGCUCCGGUUCUUCUGAAUGCAAGGAGGGUGUUAUCUUGCCAAUAUGGUAUCCAGAAAACCCAUCACUGGGGGACAAAAUUGCCAGGGUGAUUGUUUAUUUUGUGGCACUGAUCUACAUGUUCCUUGGAGUCUCUAUCAUUGCCGACCGUUUCAUGGCAUCCAUAGAGGUCAUUACCUCACAAGAGAAAGAGAUUACAAUAAGGAAACCCAAUGGGGAAACUACAACCACCACCAUCCGAAUUUGGAAUGAAACUGUUUCCAACUUGACCCUCAUGGCUCUUGGUUCCUCAGCUCCUGAGAUCCUUCUGUCAUUGAUAGAGGUAUGUGGCCAUGGAUUCAUUGCUGGUGAUCUGGGGCCUUCCACCAUAGUUGGCAGUGCAGCUUUCAAUAUGUUUAUCAUCAUCGCCAUCUGUGUCUAUGUCAUUCCUGAUGGUGAGACUAGGAAGAUAAAACAUUUGAGGGUUUUCUUUGUCACAGCUGCAUGGAGCAUCUUUGCAUAUAUUUGGUUGUACAUGAUCCUUGCAGUCUUCUCCCCGGGUGUAGUCCAAGUCUGGGAAGGCCUGCUCACUCUGUUCUUCUUCCCUGUUUGUGUUAUCCUAGCUUGGAUAGCAGACAGAAGGCUAUUUCUCUAUAAGUAUAUGCACAAAAAGUACCGUACUGACAAGCACAGGGGCAUUAUCAUUGAGUCUGAAGGAGAUCACCCUAAGGGGAUCGAAAUGGAUGGUAAAAUGAUGAACUCCCACUUUCUGGAUGGAAACCUAGUGCCUAUGGAGGGGAAAGAGGUGGAUGAGUCUCGCAAAGAGAUGAUCCGGAUCCUCAAGGAUCUGAAGCAAAAGCACCCAGAAAAAGACUUAGACCAACUGGUGGAGAUGGCCAAUUACUAUGCCUUAUCUCAUCAGCAAAAGAGCAGAGCGUUCUACCGGAUUCAGGCAACCAGAAUGAUGACAGGAGCAGGAAACAUUCUGAAAAAGCACGCAGCCGAACAAGCCAAGAGGAGCACCAGCUUGCAUGAGGUGCGUCCAGAGGAGCCAGAGGAAUUCAUCUCAAAAAUUUAUUUUGAUCCUUGCUCCUACCAGUGUCUUGAGAAUUGCGGUGCUGUCCUCCUCAAUGUUGUUCGAAAAGGUGGGGAUGUGUCCAAGACCAUUUGUGUGGACUAUAAAACAGAGGAUGGCUCUGCCAAUGCUGGGGCUGACUAUGAGUUUACAGAAGGGACCAUUGUCUUGAAAUCAGGAGAGACCCAGAAGGAAUUCUCCAUAGGGAUCAUCGAUGAUGACAUCUUUGAGGAAGAUGAGCAUUUCUUUGUACGCCUCAGCAACCUACGGGUGGUUGAGGCAGAUGAACCUCCUGAGCUCAGCAACUUGACCUAUCCCAAGGCCAUACUGGCCUCUCCCUGUGUGGCAACUGUGACUAUCUUAGAUGAUGACCACGCAGGUAUUUUCACCUUUGAGUGUGAUGUGAUACACGUCAGUGAGAGCAUUGGGGUAAUGGAAGUAAAAGUUCUUAGGACAUCUGGUGCCCGAGGUACAGUUAUAGUACCCUUUAGAACAGUUGAAGGAACAGCAAAAGGAGGUGGAGAGGAUUUUGAAGAUGCUUAUGGGGAGCUGGAGUUCAAGAAUGAUGAAACUGUCAAAAUUAUUCACAUCAAGGUAAUUGAUGAUGAGGAGUAUGAGAAAAACAAGACUUUCUUCAUUGAGCUGAUGGGUCCCCGCAUGGUGGAUAUGAGUUUACAGAAAGGUGUAGUACUCGACAGUUUGGCAGCAUUCACCUUGACAGACUUGACCUUGGCAGAAAGGAAGCUGACAGUGGAAGAGGAGGAAGCCAAGCGUAUUGCAGAAAUGGGAAAGCCAAUACUGGGCGAGCAUCCCAAACUGGAGGUCAUCAUUGAAGAAUCCUAUGAAUUCAAGAGUACAGUGGACAAGCUCAUCAAGAAGACAAACCUGGCCUUGGUUGUAGGAACACAUUCAUGGCGGGACCAGUUCAUGGAAGCCAUUACUGUCAGUGCAGCGGGUGAUGAAGACGAGGAUGAGUCUGGCGAGGAGCGCCUGCCUUCCUGCUUCGACUAUGUCAUGCACUUCCUAACCGUCUUCUGGAAGGUGCUCUUCGCCUGCGUGCCCCCCACAGAGUACUGCCACGGCUGGGCUUGCUUCGUCGUGUCCAUCCUGAUCAUUGGCAUGCUCACCGCCAUCAUCGGAGACUUGGCUUCUCACUUUGGCUGCACAAUCGGCCUCAAGGAUUCUGUGACUGCGGUUAUCUUUGUGGCCUUUGGCACUUCAGUUCCAGACACUUUCGCUAGCAAAGCUGCUGCCGUCCAAGAUGUGUACGCAGACGCUUCCAUCGGCAAUGUCACGGGCAGCAAUGCCGUCAACGUCUUCCUGGGCAUCGGACUGGCCUGGUCAGUGGCAGCCAUUUACUGGGCUUCCCAGGGAGGGGAAUUCCAUGUGUCAGCCGGCACGCUCGCCUUCUCCGUGACACUGUUCACCAUCUUCGCGUUCAUCUGCAUCAGCGUCCUGCUGUACCGGAGACGGCCUCACCUGGGAGGGGAGCUGGGCGGCCCCAAGGGGUGCAGACUUGCCACAAUGGUGCUUUUCGUGAGCUUGUGGCUGCUGUACAUUUUGUUUGCCACGCUAGAGGCCUACUGCUACAUCAAGGGCUUCUAAGCCCGAUCAAGCCAGAAGGGAGGGCCCCCUCCUUCGUUACCUCAUCGGACAGCAAUCUUCAGUGUGUUGUCGAACCAGGAGUGACAGCUAUCAAUCAAGAUUCCAUAACUGCCCAGGCUGAAGGACAACUGGGCUUUAAGAAGGGCAAAACUACCAUCACAAAGUCAAGGCAACAAUUAAAACAAAGCCAACGACAUCAACUCAGUCACUGAUCCCCAUCCGGUCAAAUCAGAAGCAUCAGCAGCGGUUAAGUACCCAUUUGUUAAAUGGUGCUGCUGAUCUCCACAUUGUUCCUUCUACCACUUUACAAAAUGGAGAAAGUAUAAAUAAGUUGGGUGGCCACUUGCUUUUUUUAAUUUGGGGAUGGUGGUUAAUCUUACUUGAUCUAUUUUUCCUUUUUUUAGCACUCAGAAAGGAGGCUGAAAAAUGAUCAAUACAUCCAAACCUCAUGUCAGUGUCAGCUCGGGAGUUGAAAAUGCUCUGCAUUUUUUUACAUUGGGUAAACA